AUGGAUAGUUUCAAUGAAGAUCUAAAAGUACUAGAUUUAAAUGACGAUUAUGAUCUUUCAGUCCUUAUUGAUAAAUAUGAAAAUACGUUGAAAGAAACAUUACAGCAGCAUGCUCCACAAAAACGACGAAUUAUAACUCUUCGUCCUUUAUCACCAUGGUACAAUGAGGAGAUUGGUCAAGAAGAAAGAAAUCGCAGGAAACUAGAGCGCCGCUGGCGCGCAUCUGGACUAUGUAUUGACAGACAGUUAUAUGUCAAACAAUGUGAGACAGUGAAUGCCAUGAUAAAGAAUGCUAAGACAACAUACUACUCAUCGGUUAUUUCCAGUAAUGCACAUAAUCAGAAAGUUUUAUUUAGUACGGUUGAUAAAUUAGUCCAUCGAAAGCCAGAAAAGCGCUAUCCAACUGCGUCAUCAACGACUGAACUUGUGAAUAAAUUUUCAGAUUUCUUCAAUAAUAAGAUUGCUAUUAUAUGGAAAGAACUAGCCAUCGAUUCUUCCCACUGUAAUCAGCGAAAUCAAGAGGAACAAUAUGCACAAUGCGUUAAAUUCAUUAACUUUCAAGAAGUCACGGAACAUGAGAUUGAAAAUGUUAUUGAUAAAGUUGGUAAAAAAUCUUGUGAACUUGAUCCAGUGCCCGCAAAAAUCUUUCAAGGUUGUCAGAAGACUCUCUUACCUAUAAUUACUAAGAUCAGUAAUGAGUCACUUCAGUCAGGUUGUAUGCUUGAGAUACUAAAAGAAGCCGUGUUGAAACCAAAACUAAAGAAAGAUUCGCUGGAUUACGAAGAAUACACAAAUUUCCGACCUAUUUCAAAUUUACAAUUCCUGUCUAAAGUAAUUGAGAAGGUUGCUGCCGGUCAGCUUCUGGAACACUUGGCUAAUAACAAAUUAGAAGAACCCUUCCAGUCGGCAUAUAAACGUUUUCAUAGUGCAGAAACAACCCUAUUAAAAGUACAAAACGAUAUUCUUUUAGCCAUUGAUAAUCGUAAGUGUGUGGUGUUGCUAUUACUAGAUAUGUCAGCAGCAUUCGAUACUGUUGAUCACAAACUUUUACUACAACGAAUGUUCAAAAGAUUUGGGAUAGAUGGGCAAGUGUUGAGAUGGUUUCAGUCCUAUCUUCAGAAUAGAACGCAAAGUGUAGUGAUUGACGGUGUUAAAUCUAUCUCUAAAGACUUGCGCUGUGGAGUCCCACCAGGAUCAGUUCUCGGCCCUAUACUAUAUUUACUAUACACUUCACCCCUUGGUGAUAUCAUCAGAGGUCAUGAUCUUGAUUUUCACUUUUAUGCAGACGACUCGCAAUUAUAUCUCGCUUUUGAGUCAACCACUGAAGGAAAAGCGGGAGCACUGGUACAAAUCGAAAUGUGUGUAAACUUCGUUUACUGCCGUAUUGAUUUGUGCCGCAAAACUUUACUGCCAUAUCGGUUUACUGCCAUAUCGGUUUGUGCCGUGAAACCUGAGCCGCUUGUCAUAUCAAUCAAUCAACAGCGGUAUUCUCGGUCACGUGGGGUGGUGUAUUCUGCCUUUAAUCGCAAAAAGCAUAAAGCAAUUCUUAUGUAUAAAACUAUAAACAAGAGGGUACCAGAAUAUCUACAAGACAUAUUUAUUUCGCGGUCUUGUCCUUACAGAUUGAGAAACAAUGAAAAUACAUUAUUUGUCCCUAAGCCACAUACAGAUUAUCUAAAGCGCUCACUCAGCUACGAUGGAGCUGUUUUAUGGAAUAGUUUACCAACUGAACUUCGUUCGGCGCAAUCUCUUAGCGCUUUUAAACGAGGUCUAGAAUGUUGGUUAGCUUAGAUUCACACACGGCAAUCAUGUAAAUCAGUACUGUUCUGUUUUUUUGUAAAUAGCAUUUGUAUUUUUUUUCCCCUUUUUCUCCUUUUUCUAUACUUUAUUUAUUUAUAUCUAUAUUAUGUAAAUUUUUACUGAUGAUUCUAGCGUGCCAAAAUAAAGUUUAUAAUAAUAAUAAUAAUAAUAAUAAUAAUAAUAAUAAUGAUACAUUAAAUAAUUAUAAGCUGCUAUUUUACUUGGUGGAACUCGACUAUCAUACCUUUUGAUGACACUUGAAACAGCAACUCUCUCCCCUCGAUGGUUCACUUUUUCUAUCAGCUCUUCCAUCUUCUCAGCAACCUUUUCUGCAUCCUCGCGCCCCAGAUCAUUGGUUCCAAUGUGUAGAAUGAUGGUUUUAUACUCGUUGUCGUAGCAAUUAUCCUCGAUUAAUUUUGGUGCAAUUGACUUACAAUAGCACCGCUGUACGAGUGGCAAACGGUUUUGCCUCUUGCUGCCCUUUCAAUUUUCUUUUCGUCAAUGUCCUUAACUAUCUAAUCCCCAAUGACCAGUGUCUUUUUCUCUGUUUUUCUUGUUUAGUGUGGGUGUUGAGGUUUACUUUGAUAUUCUUGGGUCUUGCUCGAUUUAAAGCGAGUGCAUGUAUAAAACUCAGUAUAUGGGGUUGUGAACAAGAUGCAGUUCAGCAAAGGAAAUUGCACAGCCUGCGGAAUAACUGCAGAAUCUGUUGCUUGUCCUGCUAGACGUUUCGUUUUUGUUAAAGGACAAAAAUUAAGAGUAUUUCACUGUGGUGACAACACUUGUCCAGUGUAUACGAAAUCAGAAAGGCCUGUUGCCAAUGUAAGGGAUAUGUUAAAAAAGAUCCAACCUUAAAGCCUUCGCAAGUUCAGUCAGCUCUGCUUGUUUCGUUGUUGAGAGAAGGAGAAUCGUGGGUCAAGAUCGACAAAGAGGCAAGUAAACUGGUAGACUGUAAAUGGAUUUCAAACCAGAGGCAGGCAGUUAGACGAGAACUCAACCCCCAUGUAGAAAACUUUGAGGCACUGGUUACAUUUAAACAUUUUUGCGACCCCAACGACCCCUAUUAUGUGUACAAAAUAAACGACUCACGAGGCAACCCUGAUUCACCAACUUAUGUCUUCAAGACAAGUAAAGCCAAGCUAUUAAUGGCAAACAAUAUGAACAAAGACGGUGUCCAUUUUCUUAAUAAAGAAUAUUGUUUCUUUGACGGUAAGAACAAGCGUUGUAGAAAUUAUACAACUCUUACAGCAAGCGUGUAUCACCCGCUGCUGAAGAAGCAAAUUCCCUUAGCAGUGAUGGAAACAGAGGCAGAGGAUUCACGAUGCGUGACGUUAUUCUGGACGCUAUUCCAAGAAUUACUUACCAAGGCAACAACCAGUACUUGUACUUUCAAUACCACGGGCUCCAGCACUGAUAUGGCUGGAGCCAAUCUAGUCGGAAUAAGGGAUGUGUUCGGGAGCGAGGCGUUAAAACGAGUGAAAACCUGCGAAUUUCAUUUUAAACAAAAUCGCAACAAGAAAGCUAGAGAACUUGACGAGGAAAGUGCGAAAGAAUUUAAAGACUUGUGCGAAGCACUGUUGAUUGCACAGUCUGCUGAUGGUUAUGCAGCUGCAAUGAGCAAUCUCACUAAAUUUGUUAACGAGAAACCUGAACACGAGUUUCUAGAGUUAUGGUUGAAGUGGUGGGAUGACCGGAAGGAGUUUAUCUUCAAUGCUUUCACACCUUCAGAUGGACCCAAAAUGAUCCAAGCAGAAGGGAUUCACGCUGAUUGGGCGCAUCGAGAUCGCAGCAAUUCAUCCCUGCUCGAGGCUGCAAAUAUGGAUACACGGGAUUCCAUUUUAUUGGAAGCUCAAAUUAGAGAGUAG